CUGUCUAUGCAGGGUCAGAAAGCUCUCGGAUUUCAUCAAAAAUAUCUUAAUUUGAGUUCUAAGGAUGAAUGAAAGUCUUAUGGGUUUGGAACGACAUGAGGGUUAGUAAUUAUUGACAGAAUUGUCAUUUUUGGGUGAACUAUCCCUUUAAAGGGGUCCUAUUAUGCUCUUUUACAAAGUCUUGAUUUUGUUUUGGGGGUGUACUAGAACAUGCUUUCAUGCUUGGUGGUUCAAAAAAACGCAUUCUUUUUUAACAUAAUUUAUAUGAUUACAGUACAUUUCUCCCAGCCUGGCACAUAAGGCUCGAUUAGUUCCUGAUUUAAUGAAGGCCCGCCUUCCGAAAAACAAAAUGUGUUGUGUUUGGUUGGUUAGCUGUCCCACUGCAUUGCGAUUGGCGAACACUUUAGACGGUGUUUCAGUAUUGCCACGCCCCUUGUCGAAAAAGCAAGCUCUGUGUACAACUGUUAGUGCAAGCUGAUUAAAGAGAUUCUUAUGUUUUAAUUCUGGGUAUAUUUCCUAUAAUCAGCUUGCGAGAUCGCCAAUACAUGAUAUUAUCGUGCUAAUGUAUUUAAUUAUUUACAUACUUAGUUUCAUUGCGCGAAACCAGCUCCAGCAUAAGGCUAAAAGCAGCCUAACAUUAUCAAAGAACAUCAUCACUUAUUAGCCUAGCAUAUUCUAUUGCAAGUUUAUGCGUUUAAAAAAAACGUGUUAUAAGUGAAGCUAUCUACACUGUAUGAUGAAAAAAUCCCUUAGCACACACUGCACACAUCUGUGGCACGUUACGGCUCCGCCGCGCAACCGGAGAUUUGUAACUUCGUAGCUCUUUUUUAUGCCCAAAGAUACACACCACACACUGACCAAAGUUUAAAAAGUGAAAAAGCAUAAUAACAGUGCUUUAACAGUGCUCUAAGCAUAUUCUGCCUUUAGAGGCGCUAUAGUGGCAAUUAACGUAAGUUAUAAACAUGUUAAUUGCUAGAUACACUACAGUUCAUAAGUUUACGGUUGUAAGAUUUUAAUGACUUUUAAUGUGUAACAAUGAAGUCUUAUCCAAGGCUUACCAAGGCUGCAUUUAUUUAGUCAAAAAUACAGUUAAAACAGGAAUAACAAAAUAUUAUUUACAAUUCAAAAUUAUUUUUUUUUCUCUUUGGCUAUAUAUUUUAAAAUGUAGUCUAUUCCUGUGUCUAUUCAGCAUCAUUACAUCAUUACAAUGUCUUCAGCGUCACAAGAUCCUUCACAAAACAUUCUAAUAUGCUGAGUUGCUGCUUACGACAAAACAUAUCUUAUUAUUAUCAAUGUUGAAAACAGUUAUGCAAACAAAGUUCAAACAGCAUUUAUAUGAAACAGAAAACUUCUGUAACAUUAUAAAUGUCAUUAUAAAUUAUUACUGUCCGUCAGUUUAAUGUGUUCUUGCUGAAUAAAAGCACUUAUUUCUUUAAAAGAAAAAAAAAUCUUACUGACAGACAUUUAUUUGAAGGUAAUUUUGUAUAGUUAACAAAAUAGACUGACCAAAAUUAUGAACACAACUCUUGAGAUGUGUUGCACUGCGUAAGGCAAGUGGUGGUCACACCAGAUACCGACUGGUUUUUCGAACAGUAAAACUGCACAUUUUAGAGUGGCCCUUUUAUUGUGGCCAGCCUAAGGAACACCUGUGCAAUAAUCAUGCUGUCUAAUCAGCAUCUUAAUAUGCCACAUCUGUGAGGUGGAUGGAUUAUCUCGGCAAAGAAGAAGUGCUCACUGACACAGAUUUGUGAGCAAUAUUUGAGAGAAAUAGGCCUUUUGUGCACAUAGAAAAACUCCUAGAUCUUUGAGUUCAGCACAUGAAAAAUGGGGGCAAAAACAAAAGUGUUGCAUUUAUAGUUUUCCUCAGUGUAUAUUGCAUAUGAAAUAUUGUGUCCCACAGUACAGUGCACCCUGUUUGACCUUCCUUUAUGCGUGUGACAAAUGAGCCUGAAGUUAUUUAUGUAUUUAUUUUGGACUAAUUUUUAUCAGACUGCCAGACUGUCUAAUUGGUUUAAAAUGAUACAAUUACAUUUCAGUUCAAAGCUUGGCCUGUCCAGUUAUCUUGCAUGUAAUGACUUUGCAAUGUUACAUUCUACUUUCUGAAACCUUUAGCAUACAGCAUACUGUUUAUUACAUAUAUAGGAACUAUUCAGUAUACAGUAUACUAGUAUUCCAUUUAGAACACAGACAAGCAUCUCAAACAACAGAACUUUUUUCAUGAGCUGCAUCUCUUCAUACGUAUGGCUACAACAGUGUCUGUUUUGUAUGUUUUAAUAAAAGUCUUGCAUAUGUUCACAGGUCUUACUCUGGUUUCUCUCCUGUCUUGUAAUCGGAGUCAUAUGUGCAGUAUAGUCAGGUGGAGGAAAUGGUUUCUCAUCUCAGUGUAGGUUUCCGGAUGAGUGGAGAAAGGGUGUGUGUUUUGUUGGGAGGGGUUGUCGUGUGAGUGUGUAUGUGUAUGUGUGUGUUUUUGAGGGGUAUGUAAAGAGGGUGAUAGGGCAGAAAGCUCUUAUCUUCAACUCACCACCCACCAGAGUUGGCGCUGAAAAUAUGUCCACUUAUAAGUGUAUUUGUACUCUGCAAGACCUUAUGAAUGUUGUUGUUUUUUAGAAAAAUUGUAAAAAGAACUUUUGUUUUGAUUUUGUUUUAUUUGAAGUAGGUUAUUCUUUUGUGCAUCAGAAAUAUGUAGACCAGAACUUGCACCUCCAAAGAGAGUUCAGAAUGGAGGAGGAGGGUCUUUAAAGGGAAAUUAGUAGAAAUGUGGAACUGAAGAGUGAUAUUUUGAGUACGCCAGAACAGAUGAGAGAGAAACAGCGAUGACAGUCGUACGAGUGGCCUUAUGCUUCCUGAUGAUUCAAAGCAUCUUUAAAGAUAUAAGAGUAAAGGCAGAGACAGUGGAUGUUUGUGCCUCUUGCCAUCAAAACGCCACCUGUGAUGAUAAAACUGACAAAUCUGGUGGGAAAGUGUGCAACUGCAUGUAUGGAUUUGUCGGCAAUGGGAGAACUUACUGCCAAGAUAAAGAUGAGUGUCAGCUGGGUAAAAUCUGUGGCAAUCACACCAAGUGUCACAACACGUACGGCAGCUAUUACUGCACCUGUCUCUCAGGCUACAGCCCAUCCAAUCACAUGGACACAUUCAUACCCAAUGAUGGAACGUACUGCCAUGAUAUAGAUGAGUGUGGCGUGCAGGGAGCCUGUGGUGAAGGAGGUCUCUGUCACAACACAGAGGGAGAUUUCAAGUGCUCCUGUCAGACGGGUUACACAGUCCAGAAUGGGUCAGAACCCUUUAAUCCAAAGCGGGAUGCGGCUUACUGCAAAAUGAUAGACUGUGGAUCUCCUCCAUCAGUCCCCCACGCUGAGCAGCUCUCCCCUACGAUCACACACUACAACAGUGAACUCCAGUAUAGCUGCAGGGAGGGAUUUCAGUGGAAGAGAGGGCACAAUUCCUCAGUCUGUGGUCUGGAUGGAAAGUGGCACGGACCCAGUCUGGUCUGUAAAGAAGUGGACUGUGGGGAGCCUCACGUUUUUCCUCAGUCAAAAACGGUUUGGAAUAACAUCUCACGCAUGGGAUCAUUGGCGCUGUAUGUGUGUGACCCACAUUUUUAUAACAGUGGGCAUGAGAAUGUAUCAGUAUGUACUGCUCAUGGGACGUGGAGCCGUCCUGACUUCCAGUGUGAAGAAAUACAGUGCGGUUCUCCUCCGGUCCUGCCUCACUCAGUGUUAUUCUGGAACGGUGUCAGUAAGAUUGGUUCUGUGGCUCUGUAUCACUGUGAUGUUGGAUAUCGCAGUUUGGAUACAGGAAAUGUGUCUGUGUGUGAAAGUGAUGGUCAGUGGAGUAAACCAGACUAUUCUUGUAAAGAGAUUGUGUGCGGGGAGCCGCCAGUACUGCCCCUCACUGUACAAAUAUGGAAUGGCAGUGUCACAUUUAACAGCACUGUAACAUAUCACUGCAAGCACGGUUACUACCCUAAACAAGGACUUAAUAAGUCUGUGUGCGCUGACAACGGUUCCUGGACGAAACCAACUCUGUUGUGUGAAGAGGUGAACUGUGGAGUGCCGCCGUCUCUUCCCCUCUCUGUUAUGAUAUGGAAAGGAGACACUAAAGUCGGAUCUAGUUUGUCUUAUAAGUGCAUUGAGGGAUUUCAUAAUGUUAGGGGAGGAGAUACGUCAUUUUGUGAUUCAGAGGGAAUCUGGAGUCAUCCUGAUUUUCUGUGUCAAGAAGUAGACUGUGGCGUUCCUGUCUCACUACCUCACUCGGUUGUGUUGUGGAAUAACAGCUCCGGUCUGGGCUCCGUGGCCCUUUAUGUGUGUGAAGCUGGAUAUCGCACUGUGGGUGAAGGAAACGUGUCGUUGUGUAACUCGGAGGCAAAGUGGAGCAAAGUUAACAUGAGAUGUGAAGAGGUAAACUGUGGGCCUCCCCCAGAAUUCCCACUAACAGAUAUACACUGGAACAAAGUAUCUACACUGGGCAGUGUGGUUCAGUACAAAUGUAAAUAUGGUCUCAAACAGGAGAGUGACAAAAACAUGACAACAUGUACAUCAGAUGGAACAUGGGAAAAAGUGUCUGUAACAUGUACAGCAUAUUGUGGUCCUGCACCAGAUGUGCCACACGCAGAAGUAGCAUGGGACAACAGCACUGCAGCGAUCCACCGCUGUGUUAAAGGAUACUACAGACACACAGGAAGUGACAUUUCAAUAUGUGACAUCACAGGAAAGUGGCAGAUCGCCACCCUGCAUUGUAAAGAGCUGAAACUGACAAUUAACGAUUUGGCGGUGAUUAAUGAAAAAUGCCUGCGCUGGAAUGCAGAAAAUGAGGGUUAUAGGGAGAAAUACACAGUGACAUUCGUUGGAUUGCGAGACUUUGAGCAGCUGUUCAGUGACAGCAGGAAAAGGAUAUUCAGCUCCUCGGCCCUGUGGCCUGUUCUCUGUUUGAAUCUCUUGCCUGCUACAAACUACACUAUAACCAUUACAGCCGAGUCCACACGAGCCAAGUCUACAGUUACAGCCAACACCAGCAUACCAGUCCCCCCAACACCAGAAAUCAAAUACAGUGAAGUAGAUGCUACAUCGCCCACUCUCAAAUUACGGAGAUCGAUCAACACACUUGACCCAAUAUGUAUGUACCAGGUGUUUGUGAUACCAGUUGAGGGCGUGAUGCUGUUUGACUGCAGCUCGUCUGUAAGUCCGCGGUUCUUUGCGCAGCAGAGCUGUGACAGAGGCUACGUCACGGCCCAGAUACAGCUCAGCGGUCUAGCUGCAGAAAUCAACUUCACAAUAGGGGAUCAGCAGCUUUAUGGAGACUUCUUCAACGCACCUCUGGAAAAUGGAAAAGACUAUUAUAUUAUCCUCCGCACUGUGUGUCAGUGGGGAAAGUCUAGAACACAGUCCUGUGUAAUCUGGGCUAAAGCCAGAGGAACAUCCUAUAUCAUGAAGGUAUCUGCUAUUGUAACUGUCGGAUCCAUAAGUGGUGUUGGCUCAGUUAUUAUCAUUGGAUACUGCUACAGCUGGUACUGUAAAAAGUCAAGUCCCAGAUUUUUUUCUGCGCCAAUAUAAACCGUCUUAAUAUCUUACACUGAUUCCUUUGUUGUGAAAUAAAGCCAAUUUGUGUUUAUAAAACUGUCAAAUUGUGUUGUCAUAUAGAAACAUCCUGCAAUAGUAUUGUUGAAUUUAAGAUUAUAUUUUAUUAUAAUUAAAACAAUUAAAACACUUGAGGAAAAAAUGUAAAGUACAAAUAAAUCUCUGUGUCAAAUAUUGAACUAUUACAUUUUGUCCAAACUGUGCUUCAACAGAAUUGCUUUUCACAGUGUUUGUAACAAUAGAUAACAGUUUGCAAUGUGGAUUUUUUUUUAAAUAUAAUCUGUCCUUUAGAUGGCAGUGCACUACCACUGUUUAUCAGUUUGACACUGAAAUGAGUAUCUGAAAUAUGAAAUAAGAGUAAUUGCUUUUAAUUGUUAAAAAUAUGUGCAGUAACAGCAUGCACACAUCUUUUCAUUAGAUGCUUUUCAUGACACUGUAAAUUAAAUUAUACAAUUUAAUUUCACCACACUAACAGUAAUUAUCAUAAUAAAUGAAUGUGGAGUCUUAAUUGAGGUACUAAGAUACUUUUAUAGUUUUGUUAAUAUUUAGAGUCAUUUCGUUUUAUUUUUUAUAUUUCCUUUUUUUGUUAAAUAAAAAUUUAAAUGUAUGUAUACAAGUUUUAUUUAUUUUUACUUCAGUGGGAAAUAAAAUGUGAAAUGUU